AUGCACGUACAAGGAAGACUGUCAGCUCAGUUUUUCGAUGCCUACAAUGCUUCUAGAUUCCGAUUGAGUGAACAUUAUGCGGAACGGCUGAAUCUCUACUUGGAUAAACAGGAAGGUGAAAUCGAGAAUCUAGAUGAGGAGAUCGACGAACCGACGGAAAAGAAGUGGUGGCUGAGGACGAAAAGGUGGUUUCGAUUGGCAUUACCUCACUUUGGACUUGUUCUUCUGUCGAUUGGAUACACACUGAUUGGAGCGUUAUGUUUUCAUCACUAUGAGAAACCAUACGAACAGCAGCUUCGAAAUGAAACAUCUCGGCGGAUAGGGGAACUGAAGAAUCGUGUUAUGGACCAACUAUGGAGGAUGAGUAACAACGGAACAGCAUAUUCCACGUGGAGGCAAACAGCAAAUGAUGGAAUGGACGAGUUAAUUCGAGACGUAUUCUGGGACUACACGAGGAAUUACAUGACUCCAGAUGAUGUGAUAUAUGGAGAUGGACCUAUCAAAUGGUCAUUCAUGUCAAGUAUAUUCUUCUCAUGGACAGCCAUCACAACGAUAGGAUACGGUCACAUUGUACCUCGAACUGAUGAAGGACGUGUUGCAAUCAUCUUCUACGCUCUUCUUGGAAUUCCUCUGAUUCUUGUCACCAUCGCGGAUAUCGGAAGAUUUUUAGCCACUUACAUCAUAAAAUUGCACCACGGCUACAUGGCAGUCAUGUCGUUUAUCACGAAUUCCUGUUUGAAGUGUAUCAAAUGGGCAUGUUGUUGGAUACGGUUACCGCGUCGACACAUCCCAAUGCCCACGUUGGAAUUGCUGCAAAGAACACAGAAAUUGUAUCCGAAUAACAAUAAUCCGACAGUUGCAGCGACGGCGGCAAGCGCUGGUGGUGGAACUGGAAGAAAGAAGAAACAACAGAGAGAUAAUGUCAGUGAUGCAGGAACUUUUGAUAAUAUCAGUGAAAUCAAUGACGGAAGUGAAGGUGGAGAGAAUGAGAAUGAAGGAGAAGAGGAAGAACAAGUACAGUUCGAUCCGUCGAAUCAUGAGAAACGAGUCUCUGUUUUAUUUAUUCUACUUAUUAUGCUGGGUUACGUAGCGGGUGGUGCCUACAUGGUUCGUUGGUGGGAAGAAUGGACGUUUUUCGAGGCGUUCUACUUCUGUUUUGUUACGGUUACAACUAUCGGGUUCGGUGACAUAGUACCUGCCAAUGUAGACUGGCUGCCGGCAACACUCGCCUACAUUGUUUUUGGACUCAUUAUCACAACUAUGUGUAUCGAUCUUGUCGGUAGUGAGUAUAUUCGAGAUAUUCAUUUCUAUGGUCGAAGUCUCGGACGACAAUUCAUGACAAUUGGUGGUAAAGUAGUACAUCUUGGAGAAGUAUUCGGAUACGUGGCAUUCCUUCAAAAGAAUUAUGGAUUGACUGCCGAACAACUCACUAAAUUAUCACAACUGCCAGAAGAAUAUCUACUGGAUUGUCUGAUAAACGGAAGGCAACCUGAUUUGAAUUGGAUUGGAGGGAGACCUUAUGUACCACCUGAUAUAUAUUACUUUAAAUGGAUUGAACAUCCAAGAACACUUUCAUUCGCAUCUGAUCGUGUUCUUCAGAGUAUGGAAAGUCUUGAUCUCAACACCAGCAGAUGUUCCACUGCCCGAACGUUGACUCCUCGUGAAUAUUAUCAGAAGAUCUUGUUCCAGUACUGUAAACAACUUCAACCAGAAGAACCGAUUGCUGAUAUCGAUAAUUAA